AACAAUUGGUGUAAUCAGCAAGUAUGGGGGUUCAAGGACUCUGGAAGCUGCUCGAAUGUUCUGGAAGACCAAUAAAUCCAGAGACAUUAGAAGGGAAGAUCCUUGCUGUCGAUAUAAGUAUUUGGCUGAAUCAAGCAGUAAAAGGAGCAAGAGACCGCCAAGGAAACGCCAUCCAAAAUGCUCAUCUGUUGACAUUAUUCCAUCGACUUUGCAAGUUGCUGUUUUUCAGAAUACGCCCUAUUUUUGUAUUUGAUGGUGAAGCCCCUCUGCUGAAGAAACAGACUCUGGCAAAGAGGAGACAGAGGAAGGAUGUAGCAGCCAACGAAGUCAAGAAAACAAAUGACAGGUUGCUGAAAACCUUCUUGAAAAGACAAGCUAUUAAAGCUGCCUUGUCUGGAAACAAGCAAAGCAAUGAGGCGCUUCCUAGUCUUCCCAAAAUACGGAGAAAAGAAGAGGAGGAUAUUUAUGCUCUAGCCCCAUUAGAAGAGAAUGAGAGAAAUAGUUCUGAAGAGGAAGAAGAGAAAGAAUGGCAGGACAGAAUGAAUCACAAGAGGAUUCUUCAGGAAGAAUUUUUUGCUGACCCACAUUCAGUGGAUGUAGACUCUGAGGAUUUCACCAGCCUUCCUCCCGAGGUGAAGCAUGAAAUCCUGACUGACAUGAAAGAGUUCACCAAACGAAGAAGGACAUUGUUUGAAGCCAUGCCAGAGGGGUCUGAUGAUUUCUCCCAGUAUCAGCUGAAAGGGCUGCUGAAGAAAAACGAUUUGAACAGGUGCCUCAAUAAUGUACGGAAAGAGAUGAGCCAGCAGCACGUGGGGGAGGUCCGCGCUCAGUUUGAGACAGACGGGGGAUUUAUGAAAGAGGUCGAGUGCAACCGUCUGGUCUCAGAGGACACUUCUCAUUAUAUUCUAAUUAAAGGGAUUCAGUCAAAGACUAAAGAUAAAAAGGAAGAUAAUGCAGAAGAAGCAACACCCUCUAGUUCACAGGAUGCAACACCAAAAACGUACCUUGAUUUUAAGUUGCAAUCCGCUCAUAAAUCUAAAAAAACUAAAUACUCUGUUCCAGAAGCUGCACCACCCUCCCCAAGAACACUGUUUGCUAUCCAAGAGGCAAUGUUGGAGAACAUCUCUGAUGAUGAAGUUCAUGAUAAUAAGGUUCCCAAAAAGGACCCUUCUAAAUCUGUCUGUACAAUAGAUGGUAGUGUCUCCCCAAGAACCCUGCAUGCAAUUCAACAGGCUCUUGCUGAGGAUGAAGAAAUGGUGAACAGGAAGAGGUCUGUUGUGAUAAGUGAUGAAGAAGAGGAACAGCCUAGAGCUAAAGUGCUGAUUAUCAGCAGUUCAGAUGAGGAGGAUGCUUCUCUGGUCACUCAAUUUGGAGCACAAACAACCCCUAUCAUACCUGCUGCAAGGGCUGAAUUUUCACCCAAACCUGCCCAAGAUAAAUCAAAUGCUAGCAAUGAGAAAUCACCACUUAAUUCAGUGUCUAAUCUGAAACACAGUAAAUCACUUUCAAAACUGGUUGCAUCACCAUUAGGAGUAGAUUUUGGUGCACAUUUAGUAAAAAGGAAUAUCUUUCAUUCACGGGACACACCUGUGGAUUCAUCUUUGAAAAGUCUUUCAAGUGGUUUUGUUGCAGGCUCUCCUAUGAAGCCUUCUGUGGCAUUAGAAAGCCACCAACUAGAAGCUUCCACAAAUGUAGAAGGUGACAUGGUCAUUUCUUCUGAAACAAAGACCAUCAAAAUAAAAUCUCAUGGCCAAGCUGAUUUUCAGACAAUUGGCAAUGAAAGUAAAGGAAUUCUUCAGUCAGCAACUGGUAAAGUAAUGAGUCACAUCCACCUACCUAAGGUAUCUUCAUCAGGGGUGUUGUCUACAACCAACAAGCUGUUAACUGAAAUAGACAUCGAAGCUCAAAGUCUACCAGAUGUGGUCCUACUAGAGCAAAAGGUCACUGAGUCCAAAGUGGAAGAUUCCAGCAGUCGGCAGCCUUCUUCCAGCAAUGCUCCAGACAUUGCCUAUGUCCCUAUGACUCCAGAAAGUAUUCCUGUUACUGAGGGAGACUCCGACGUAGAAAAAGAAGUGGAUUCAGAUUCUGAUGGUAGCUUCAUUGAAGUAGAAAGUGAUUUAGGUGAUGGUAACUCCCAGUUGGUACAGGCACCAGAAACUUCUAAUGAUAUAAUUCCUGUAACAACCAGUAGGGGAUCUGAUCUUGCCACGACAUCACAGAGCUCUGGCACACAUAUAGAGAACUCUCUUACAGAGAAUGACCAUGCAGGUGGCCAGGAUGUUGAACUUCAGCAGAAUGAAGAAUCAAGAGAUGAAGAAGAUGCAGUCAAUGAGUGGCAAGACAUAAGUAUGGAAGAAUUGGAGACGUUGGAGAAUAAUCUAUUUGUUCAGCAAACCUCCCUCCAGGCGCAGCGACAGCAGCAGGAACGCGUGGCUGCAUCUGUUACAGGGCAGAUGUAUCUAGAAAGCCAGGAACUCUUGCGUCUGUUUGGCAUCCCAUAUGUUGUUGCCCCUAUGGAGGCAGAAGCUCAGUGUGCAGUUUUGGAUCUAACUGACCAGACUUCAGGGACUAUCACAGAUGACAGUGACAUCUGGUUGUUUGGAGCACGGCAUGUCUACAAAAAUUUCUUUUCUCAGAAUAAAUAUGUGGAGUACUACCAGUUUUGUGAUAUUCAGAAUCAGCUAGGCCUGGAACGCUCUAAACUUAUUAAUUUAGCUUACUUGAUGGGCAGUGACUAUACAGAAGGAAUAUCCUCUGUUGGCUUUGUGUCUGCCAUGGAGAUACUGAAUGAAUUUCCUGGACAUGGGCUCGAGCCUCUGCUGAAAUUUAAAGAAUGGUGGACAGAGGCCCAAAAGAAUAAGAAAAGUAGACCUAAUCCAAAGGAUACUAAAGUAAAGAAGAAACUGCGUGAUCUAGAGCUACAUCCUAGUUUCCCUAACACGGCAGUAGCUGAUGCAUAUCUAAAACCAGUGGUAGAUGAGUCAGAAGGAGUUUUUUCCUGGGGGAGGCCAGACCUUGAACAAAUCCGAGAAUUCUGUGAAAGCCGCUUUGGUUGGUAUCGCUCAAAGACAGAUGAAGUGCUUUUACCAGUACUAAAACAGUUAAAUGCCCAGCAGACCCAGCUCCGAAUAGAUUCUUUUUUACGCAUAGAGCGGCAUGAGGCCCACACUCUGAAAAGUCAGAGGCUGCGUAGGGCUGUAACCUGCAUGAAGAGGAAGGAGAAGGACAGCGAGACUGCAGAAGUAGAGGAAGCCACUGCCCUUUUGGAGAAAGAUGAUGGAAACCAGAAAGGAGCAAAAUCUUGUAAAAGUGGUAAAAAAAAACUGAGUAAAAAGAUGAAUGAGGCUGAACCAGAAAGUCCUAAUACUGUGUGUGUGGAGGGGGGGUUUAUUGGCUCCGGUUUAAGACCCAUGUCUCCUGAUAAUAAAAACUCAUCUACUAGCUCUGACAGUGACUCAGAAGCAAACUCAGAUGCAAGAUGUAACAGGGGACCAAAAACAAGCAAAGACAGCAUGGCUGCCCCACUUUUAAAGAGAGAUAAUGUAGAGACAAGCAGCUCGAGUGAGAAUGAAGAGAAGGUGGUGCUUGUGACUGCCAAGCCAGUGUUUCAGGGCAAGAAUAAAAAGCCAAGAACUGUGAGAGGAAGAAAGAGAUGAAUCU